AUGGGCGCUUCGGCUAAGCUCAAAAACUGCAAGGGCGCUUUGGACGACGUGGAGCAGCUCUUGCCGGAGCUGGCCAAGGCCAAGGCCUCAGACAAGGAGGCCCUGGAACUCCGCGAGAAGAUCCUCGCGUCUGGGGCCCAGACAUCUGAGGAGGCCGAAGCGAAGCGGAGCAGCCCCAAGGCUGUUGGGCCCUUUGCUGCUGUGGACGGCCUUGAAGGCAGUACCAUUUCAGAUCCCCGGACCAUGCAAGAAGGCCGAGACGCCGAAGCCGAAGAGUCCCAGCGUCGCCCCUGCAGUGUUUCCUUUGCAGAUGCGGGCGCUCUAUGGGGAUUGAGGGAGGCGCAGCUCUUGGUAUUGCGCACGGCCAGCGACGACGAGGAGGACGAGCCGGUGCCGGCUGCCAAAAGCAGUGAGACGCCGAAGGCGACGGGGACGGCCGAGCCCUUCCCCGACCUCAAAGUGGAGUUUACAGUCACCUCCCUGGAGGAGGCGAAGAAAACAGCAAACACCCUCUUUGCUGACGGCAAGACAAGCGAUGCCGAGAGGUGGUUCUCGAAAGCCAUAUGGGUGGCGGAAGAGUCUGGAAAAAUGAAGGAGGUUCCCGAGAGCUUGCGGUCCGUGCUCCAUUCCAAUCGGGCUUUUGCGCGACUGAAGUUGAAGCAGUGGUCCGGCGUGGAGGAUGACUGCACCAAGGCUCUGAGCCUCAACACGGGCAAUGCCAAGGCCUUGUACCGCCGAGCGCAAGCACGUUUCGAGCUGAAGCAGCGACAGGGGGCCUUGGACGACGUGGAGAAGCUCUUGCCGCUGUUGGCCCCUCCUUCGGACAAGGAGGCUCGAGAGCUCCGUGAGAAGAUCCUCGCGUUGCCUGUCGAGGGGGAGCCACCCAAAAAGGCCGAACCGAAGCCGAGCCCGAAGGCUGCAGCGGAGCCACCGAAAACCAGCAGCCCGAAGGCAGCGGCACCAAUGCCCAACGGAUCCAGCGAGCCAGCCCCUGGUUUCAGGCGCAUGGAAAUCGUGGAGGCCAGCGAUGAUGAAGACGACGAGCCGGCCCCCGUCAGCAAUGGCAGCGAUUCUCCAAAGGCAAAGGCACCGGCAGAGCCCUACCCCGACCUGCACAUAGAGUUCACAGCUGCUGGCCUGGAGAAGGCUAAGCAGCAGGCCAAUGGGCUGUUUUCAGCAGGCAACACGAGCGAAUCGGAGAGGUGGUUCUCGAAAGCGCUUUGGGUGGCUGAGGAGUCAGGGCAGGUGAAGGAGGUUCCGGACAGCUUGCGGGCGGUGCUGUACUCCAACCGGGCUUUCGCCCGGCUGAAGCUGAAGCUUUGGCCCGGCGUGGAAGAGGACUGCACCAAGGCCUUGGCCCUGAGCCCCAACAACGCCAAGGCGCUCUACCGCCGAACACAGGCACGCUUCGAGCUGAAGCAGCGCAAGGGGGCGUUGGAGGACGUGGAGAAGCUGCUGCCGCUUCUCGCAUCCCCUUCCGACAAAGAUGCUCUGGAGCUCCGCGACAAGAUCUUAGCGCUGCCUUCCGAGGAAGGCGAGCCCAAAAAGGCCGAAGCGCCGAAGCCCAGCAGCCCCAAGGCCGAAGCGCCGAAGCCCAGCAGCCCCAAGGCCGAAGCGCCGAAGCCCAGCAGCCCCAAGGCCGAGCCUCCGAAAUCCAGCAGCCCCCCCAAGGCCGCAGCGCCGAAGCCGAGCAGCCCCAGCGCGCCCCCAGCGGCAGGGUUCCGGCGCAUGGAAAUCGUGGAGGCCAGCGAUGACGAAGACGAGGAGCCGGCACCAGCCUGGUUCACCGUCCAAGGUGUGGAGAAGGUGCAGGGGUGGUUCUCGAAAGCCAUCUGGGUGGCCGAGGAGUCCGGCAAGGUGAAGGAGGCCUACAUCGCAAGUGGCCGCACUUGUUCCGGGCUGAAGCAGCGGCAAGAGGCUUUAGAGGAUGUGGAGAAGCUGCUGCCGCUGCUGGCCGCAUUCUCGGUCCUUCUGUUCGGCUGUAGCAUGAGUGGCAGCACUAUCGGUUGCAUGUCCAGCUUGUUAUUCGAAAGUUCGCUCUCAUUGGUGUUGUCCCAUCCCGUCUUCCUUGCCCUCAUCAUGCAUGUGAUUGCAACUGCCUGUCUGGUGAUCCGCUGCACACGAAGUCGUACCCUUUCCAUCAUGGUAGUUGCGGCCUCGUGGCAGUAA